AUGGUCAAAAUAAACAAAAAUCUAGGAUGUGAAAGAGUAUUCUCGUUUGAACUUUCCUCUAAAAUUGUUGAUACAGCUGAACGAUUAAGAGAUAUAUUAAUUCAUGAACUUUGCCAUGCCGCUUGUUGGAUAUUUAAUGGUAUUUCGAAAGGACAUGGCCGACCAUGGAAAAGCUGGGCAAAUAAAGUUAUGCAAAAGUUUCCAGAACUCCCAAUUAUAAAAAGAUGCCAUAGUUAUGUCAUACAAACUAAAUUUACUUACAAAUGCGUAAAAUGUGGUUAUAGAUGA